AUGGUGGAACAGACUUUGGCGGGCAAAGUUGCCCUGGUCAGCGGAGCGGCAUGGGGCAUAGGAGCCGCGAUCUGCGUCGAGCUGGCGUCGAAAGGCGCACUGGUGGUAUGCAACUAUCCCUGGGAGAGCCAGGCCAAAGACGCCGAUGCGGUCCUCCAACGCUGCCGGGAGACCAAGGGUUCAGCGGCACAACAGAGCUUCUCGGUAGAAGCCGAUCUGCAGACGGUGGAAGGUCCUCAGAGACUGCUCGAGGAGACCGUCGCGCGUCUUCCCGCGGGCAGCAAGAAAAUCGACAUCCUCUGCAACAACGCCGGCAUUGCCAUCAUGCGGCCGCUGGUCGAAGUCACCCUGGACCAGUGGGACAAGCAGGUCAACCUGAACUGUCGGGGCAUGCUUCUCCUGACGCAGGCGGUGCUACCGCACCUGUCCAAGAAGAGCUGCCGCAUCAUCAACACCAGCAGCACGGGGGCCCGACAGGGAAUGCGAGGCUCGACCAUCUACAACGGGACGAAAGCCAUGGUCGAAGGAUUCACCAGAUGUUGGGCAGUAGAAUUCGGCCGUGAUUACGAUUGCACCGUGAAUGCCAUCUGCCCGGGCCCGACAAACACCCAUGGCUUCAAUCACGCGGGAGAUGAAUUCAGAGCAAAGCUCCAGCCUCUGCUCGACGCAACAGCCAAAGCGGCGCGGAUGGCCGAUCCAUCAGAGAUCGCCGGGGCGGUCGGUCUGCUGUGCGAGGAGAAAGCUGGCUGGGUGACGGGGGUGUGCAUGGGAGUCAAUGGAGGAUUCCACCUGGCAUAG